ACCGAUACAGGAGCGGUCAGACGCGGUAACUGCACCCGCCCGUCUACACCAUGGAGAACGAGCGAGCAAGUGCGCACGCGCAGCGCAUACGCUGAUUUCUACGAAGUUUCUGGAUAUCUGGGUGCAACACAAAAUAUUGAUUAUAUUUGACCACUCUGAGUUUCCACACUGUCUUACAGACUCCCCCUAGCUGGAGAGAGAUAUUCUGCUGUGAAGAUGUCUGUGUCUUCGCUCUACCUCAACCAAGACAACAUGGUGCGCUUCAAGAGGAGAAAGGCACGUUUCUCCUUCAGUGAAGUGCACAUCCUGCUGGACGAAGUGCGGAAGAACCGCCACAUUGUAGUGGGUAAGUUUAACGCCGGCGUUCCCUCUGACGUGAAGCGCAGGAAAUGGGCUGAGAUCACGGCACGUGUUAAUGAGAUUGGAGAGUGUGAUAGAGAGAUCAUGGAGGUGAUUAAGAAAUGGUCAGAUCUUAAGUGUGACACGAAACGUAAAGUCGCUGCCCUGCGGACCGGUGCUUUGGUGUCCCUGAGAUUGGCACGGUCCAAUAUUGAAUUGUCCCCGAUGGAAGUCAUUGUGGAAUCCAUUCUUGAGCUGGACAAGAGACCGUGGGAAGCUACACAGCGGUCCAGAUCUCGCAGUCACGGUGACGAUCAAGAGGCUGUGUGUGAGGAUGAGGAAGAGGAGGAUGGAGGGUUUGUGGGGAUGGGGUCGGUCAACAGUUCCCCAAGCAGAGGAAUGGAUGUGGGAGGAAUGGCUGCUACUACAAGUGGAUCUGGGGUUGCAAGUGAGGUGCAGUAUGACAUCUCCAAAACUGGAGAUCUUGAAUCCCACUCAGAUGAGGACAACCGUGACCUCUUCCCAACAUCCUCUAUGGCAUCUGUCACUAACUCGUACUCCGAGGAGGAUGGAAUUACAACUAGAGGCAGUACUGGACAUGUUUCCUCCACAGCCACUGCUUCUACUAAAAGACCCUCGUCUUUCUCAGGCGUGGAGCCAGACAGUUCACGUGAGCAGUUAGUGCACAAUGCAAGCCUUAGCGUGCAGGAGCAGCACACCACCAACACUCUUCUUUCCACGGUCUCCCGUUCCCUUGAGCUCCUUGCGGAGUCAGUGCAGCAGCUAGCAGAGACUCAUCAGGAGUUUGCACGAGAAUCACUGCAGCUACAGAGGGACACUGUGCAAGUGUUGCGAGAUUUUGCCUCCGGCACGCUAACGAUACUGCAUGAAAAGGUCAAUGGCAAACCUGCAUUGUGAAAGUUGUGUUUGCAAUCAAAUGACAACCAACAAGCAACACAGUGUGUGACGCAUUGUUGAUAAGAUACUGCAACCAGACUGCAAAUAUUGUGUGAUAUAGACAGACACAACGUCUUAUUUUAACUUUGCUGACCAUUGCAAGGUUCAGUGUCAGGAUGUCAAAAUACUGCGAUUAAGUGCAAAGGCAAAGACGACUAUUUGAGAAGAUGCUUUUGUAGUUUUCAGAAAUGCAAAGAUGUUAACAUUUGUACCUACUCUCUGUUUAUCAAUAGGACACACUUAGGGUUUUUGUUUUUAGUGAAUGGCAAACAAUAGUGAGACCACAAAGGGAUUUUGUUUGUGCCUGUAGAAAUAUCAUCUUCCAUAACAAAAUGUUUCUUUUUUUUACAUUUACCACAUUAUCACAUAAGGGUUGUUGAGAUUAACCUGCUGUGGGGUGAUUCACAGAACCUACUUUUAAAAAUGGAAUCUGAUUUAUAAAUUUUAUUUAACAUCUGUGACAAGUUAAAGGGAUAGUUCACCCCAAAACAUUUUUUUUGUUUUGUUUUAUAUUUAUUCUAACUCCAUAAAAGAUGAUGUUAUUAACUUUGACAUACAGGAAACAUUAUAUUUGCACUAUAUGGAGUCACAUAAUUAAUGGUGUAUAAGGACAACUGAAACAACUGAAGACCAGUAUACAGUGUAAAAUAAGGUUUUGAGGAUCUGAUUAAAAUAAGUAUCAUAAUUUGUCUAGUAGGGCAUUAUUUUCCAGUGGAACUUUAUACAUUUAUUAUUUUCUUAUGCUUGUGUACAUUGAUUUAGGAAACUAAGACAAAUGUACAUCUUCAGGAACUAAAUUUCGUGUGACAAGCUGUUAAUGCUGUUGUUAUGCCACAAGAGGGCAGUGAGUCUUUAAUUUACACACAAAAUAGUCAUGAUAAUUUUUCUGCAUGUGUUUCUUCAAAGUCACUGGGUUUUCCAGCAGUGAGUUUUGUGUGUGUGUGUGUGUGUGUAUGUUUGGUUUCUGAAUGAAAACAGCUCCAUAAGUGAGCCAGAUAUUUCAAUAAAAUUUAAUUGAAAGUUUGAA